AUGAAGUUCGGCAAGCACAUCCAGAAGCGGCAGCUGGACAUUCCGGAAUACGCUGCCAGCUUCGUCGAUUACAAGGCGCUCAAGAAGCUCAUCAAGAAACUAAGCGCAACGCCUGUCCUCGCGGCGGUACAAAAGGGCAGUGCCAAUGGCAACAGCGACUCGCAAGCUUCGCUGCAGGCGAACAAGGCAACGUUCUUCUUUCGCCUGGAGAGAGAAUUGGAAAAAGUCAACACCUUUUACCUGCAAAAGGAAGCAGAGCUCAAACUGCGUCUGCGAACGCUGCUGGAUAAGAAAAGAGGCCUGCAGUCGCGUGCCACUCCUGCGUCGAAGCUGUCCUCCAGCUAUGUCACACUGGACGAAGGCUUUCGGCUGUUUGGCAAUGACCUCGACAAGCUGCAGCAAUUCGUAGAGGUGAACCAGACUGCCUUUUCGAAAAUCUUGAAGAAGUGGKACAAGACAUCAAAGUCGCGAACCAAGGAGCUUUACCUGUCCCGAGCCGUUGAUGUGCAGCCUUGCUUCAACCGGGAUGUUAUUAGCGACCUCUCCGACCAAGCAACCACUGGUCUGCUCGAGCUUCAGGCCUGGGCGGAAGGCGAAAAGAUCGCAUACACUCCUGCGGUGGAACUGGAGAACAGAGCACAGCCGGCAGGGCAUGACGAAGAGAUUGAGACGCAGGUACUUCAGGCAAUCAAUGCAGGAAAUACCGCACUUGUGCGAGAAUGGUCCGCGCGGACCGCGACAAGUGAAGAUGCGAGAGAGCGGAUUAGCCGGGUGUUCCUCAAUACGGUCAACACUGCGGCGAGCAGUGCACAGGAGGUGCUCUGCGAAACUGGGCUGGUGGAUUUCAACUACGCGGAUUCAAUCAACGAGCGAAACUGCAUGCACGAGGCUUCUGUCAGUGGAAAGACGACUAUCUUAAACGCAGCUCUGGCCAAGGGUGCAAAUAUCUGUGCGCCUGACGUAUACGGACGCCUCCCUUUGCAUUACGCUUGUAUGCACGGAAGGGUCGAAAUGAUCAAGAUCUUGGUUGAGGCUGCUCGGGACAGCGUCGAUGUGAAGGAUCUUGACAAUUUCACACCAUUGAUCCAUGGAAUCGUUCGCUCACAGGCUGCCAGCGUCCAGGCUAUGCUGCAAUUUGGAGCCAUUGUUGAUCCAACAGGAAGCACAGAUCAUAUCCCAUUGAACCUUGCUUGUCAGUACGGAUCUGUACCUAUUGUGCAAAACAUCCUGCAGUUUCAACCACAGAUCAUACCAGAUGCUGAAGGCCUGUAUCCGCAGCAUCUUGUCGCGCGCUUCGGAAGGGAUAGCCAAAUUCUCAUCAUGUUGAAAGAUUGCGGCGUCGACAUGGAUCAACCUGACAAGCUCUAUCAAUGGACACCGAUAUUCCACGCAGCAUCAGAAGGCCACCUUGAAUGCCUGCGUCAACUUUUAGAGUUUGACGUCGAUGCGGCUGCCAUCGACGAGAAGGAUCUUUCUGCCAUGUACUACGCCGCGUGGGAGGGCAAACUGGACUGCAUGCAGUUGCUUGCACAUGCAUGCGCCGCCAUAGCAGAACGAAAAGCCAGCAGAAACGACGUUCAAAUGGGAGAAACUCAACCGCCGGCAAUGCUCACUGGAAGUACGCCCGCGCUUGCCAUCCCUGAUGCAGAGAACAUUCCAUCGCUGUCAUUGCCACCACCUAUAAUUCCCCUCAGACGAUAUGGCCACAACUUCCUCGACACUACCAAGACUUUCAUCUUACUUUCCUUCGGCGACCUUGACUGUUCGGCAAUUGAGUUCUAUGGUGACAGCAAGUAUCCUGCUGCUCGUUUGACCGUUUCAUCAAAGUCUUCCGACCUUAUUCCGCGAAACUUGCCGCUUCCUGUUCAGGAUGACUUCAAGACCAUCUCAUUCCAGAUUGAAAACCUUGAGACUCUCACCCUCGACUUUGACAUAUAUCCAACAUUUGGAAGCAAAGUCAUCGCACGCGCCGCCGCCUCGAGCCGUGUCUUCACAGGCAAGAACAGCAGCUCCGGGAUGUGGCACUUGGAACUAUUCGACCCUCGACUACGUGCUAUUGGCCGUGUCAGUUUCCGAUACCAAGUCGUCACUCCUUUCCAUGGCAUCCCACUUGAGAUUACGCACUUUGCAACCUACUGGAAAGCCACCAGCCAGUAUGACAACCACCCGAGCAAUCUCAUCACUGGCAGCAGUUUGUCGGGAGAUUUCAUGAGAUUAUUUGUCCAAGUCACUCGAGAUGGCGUCCCUGUACUGUUCAACGACUGGGCACUGCCCAGCAGUAAGCAUCUGCUUAUAAGUAGAUUGAGCUAUCGCGAAUUCCAGGCCGCAGGACUCGAAGCUGGGCGCGGGAAGACCAUGAUACAAGAUCUUGUAGCUGCAGGAAUCGACCGCGACGACCUGGCUUCCACACAGCGCCAGAUCGCGCGCUCAUACACCUCACUGGCCGAUGUCCUGGCUUUGCUUCCAGCAGACCUACACCUGGAGAUCCACGUUUGCUACCCUGCGCGUUUAGAGGAAGAAGCGCUCCAACUAGGCCCCACGCAGAAUAUCAAUGUUGUAGCCGACGGGGUCCUGAAGGUCGUGUUCGAUCAUGCGAGGCAGCUGCGGGAGUCCAAGGAUGGACCGCAGAGGAAUUUCGUGUUUUCAAGCUAUAAUGCCGACAUAUGCACGGCGCUGAAUUGGAAACAGCCAAACUACCCCAUUCUCUUGUGCAACGAGCUAGGAGUUGCACCAACCAGCGGCGCACAGCGUCGCGCCAGCCAGAAUAUUGUUGGCAAUUGUGGCCGAACGGACAUGUCCAUUAAAGAAUCCGUGCGGAUUGCGCAGCAAAAUAACUUCAUGGGCCUCAUUUGUACUUCUCGCCUGUUGGAGCUGGUUCCCGCGCUGGUGUCGAGUGUCAAGGAGGCGGGUUUGGUGUUGAUGGCAGACUACAGCCAUGAUUUCACAAAGAUCAGACCCUGCGUGACAGGGGGUGAAGAUGGGCUACUGAUGAGUAAUGCUGUGUUGAGAUUCAAGGAUACCGUAGAACAAUAG